ACUAAAGAAACUAAGAAUAAGACUAGUAGUAAAUGACCUCAGUUUUGGAUACAUAUUAAAAUGACAUAUCUGAGAAUGUAAAAAAUGGCUUAUCAGAAAGAGGUAAAGAGGUCAGCUUGUAAUAUAAAGCAGAAAACCUCGGGAGGAUUAACCUGUGUUUCAUUAUGCCUAGAACACUUUUACUGCUUCCAUUGGUGAGAUUCUACAUGAUUUCCUUAUAGCUCUCCAAUAAGAAAAGGAUGAUAAUGAUAAUUUUUUUCUUCUCUAUGAAGGGAGCUAAGAAUGCAAACACUCCCUUCCAUUCUCCUUUUAGCUUUGAGAAGACCAGAAAUUAGUGGAUAAUUCCUUACUGUUAGGGAAAAUUGUUUAUCAGAAGUACUAUAGAAAGGACUUCCUUUGUGAAAGAAGUCAAAGGUUCUUACAAGCAAAUCCAAGAGUGGCUCUGAGGCGAGGCUAUUCUAAGUUUUAGAGAGUCAGUUAAAUUAAAACCUGGGAGUAUUAGAGACAAAAUUAAUUAUUUGAAAAGAGCAUCAAGUUCCUUUAGUAAAAACAAAAAGUUAGAAAUGAUAAGGGUGAAGUGAUUGUGGUAAAAAAGACCUGAUAAUUCAGAUUGCUUUAUAUUAUUUAAUAAUAUGUUUUACCAACUUGACACAGUUUAACAAUUUAAUCAAGAUAUUUAUCUUUGAUAUAGGUGGAAAAUUUAUAUUCAUAAAUUUGAAUGGAUUUGAAGCUGAAGAACCUUUGAUUCUCAGGAGAGGUACCUAGUUGAUAGUCGCUGGUUCAAACAGUGGAAAAAAUAUGUUGGCUUUGACAGUUGGGACAAAUACCAGAUGGGAGAUCAAAAUGUAUAUCCUGGACCCAUUGAUAACUCUGGACUUCUCAAAGAUGGUGAUGCCCAAUCACUUAAGGAGCAUCUUAUUGAUGAAUUGGAUUACAUACUGUUGCCAACUGAGGGCUGGAAUAAACUGGUCAGCUGGUAUACAUUGAUGGAAGGUCAGGAACCAAUAGCACGAAAGGUGGUUGAACAGGGUAUGUUUGUAAAGCACUGCAAAGUAGAAGUAUACCUCACAGAAUUGAAGCUCUGUGAAAAUGGAAACAUGAACAAUGUUGUAACUAGAAGAUUUAGCAAAGCUGACACAAUAGAUACAAUUGAAAAGGAAAUAAGAAAAAUCUUCAAUAUUCCAGAUGAAAAGGAGACGAGAUUGUGGAACAAAUACAUGAGCAAUACAUUUGAACCGCUGAAUAAACCAGACAGCACCAUUCAGGAUGCUGGUUUAUACCAAGGACAGGUGUUAGUGAUAGAACAGAAAAAUGAAGACGGAACAUGGCCAAGGGGUCCUUCUACUCCUAAGUCCCCAGGUGCAUCCAAUUUUUCAACUUUACCAAAGAUCUCUCCUUCAUCUCUAUCAAAUAAUUAUAACAACAUCAACAACAGAAAUGUGAAAAACUCAAAUUAUUGUCUCCCAUCAUAUACUGCUUAUAAGAACUAUGAUUAUUCAGAACCUGGAAGAAACAAUGAACAGCCAGGCCUCUGUGGCCUAAGUAACUUGGGAAAUACGUGUUUCAUGAAUUCAGCUAUUCAGUGUUUGAGCAACACACCACCGCUUACUGAAUAUUUCCUCAAUGACAAGUAUCAAGAAGAACUGAAUUUUGACAAUCCCUUAGGAAUGAGAGGUGAAAUAGCUAAAUCUUAUGCUGAAUUGAUCAAGCAAAUGUGGUCUGGAAAAUUUAGCUAUGUCACACCAAGAGCUUUUAAGACACAGGUAGGACGUUUUGCACCACAGUUCUCUGGAUACCAGCAGCAGGACUGUCAAGAACUAUUAGCUUUCCUGUUAGAUGGACUACAUGAGGAUUUGAAUAGAAUUAGGAAAAAACCAUAUAUACAAUUAAAAGAUGCUGAUGGAAGAGCAGAUAAGGUAGUUGCUGAAGAAGCCUGGGAAAACCAUUUAAAAAGAAAUGAUUCUAUCAUAGUAGAUAUAUUUCAUGGCCUUUUCAAAUCAACUCUAGUUUGUCCUAAAUGUGAUAAGAUUUCAGUAACAUUUGAUCCUUUUUGUUACUUGACACUUCCAUUGCCCAUGAAAAAAGAACGUACCUUGGAAGUUUAUUUAGUUAGAAUGGAUCCACUUACCAAACCUAUGCAGUACAAAGUGAUUGUCCCCAAAAUUGGAAACAUACUUGAUCUUUGCACAGCAUUGUCUGCUUUAUCAGGAGUACCUGCAGAUAAGAUGAUAGUUACUGAUAUAUACAAUCAUAGAUUUCACAGAAUAUUCACAAUGGAUGAAAAUCUUAGUAGUAUUAUGGAGCGGGAUGAUAUUUAUGUGUUUGAAAUUAACAUCAAUAGGACAGAAGAUACAGAGCAUGUGAUUAUUCCUGUUUGCCUACGAGAAAAGUUUAGACACUCAAGUUAUACCCACCAUACUGGUUCUUCACUUUUUGGUCAGCCUUUUCUUAUGGCUGUACCACGAAACAAUACUGAAGAUAAACUCUAUAAUCUCCUACUUUUGAGAAUGUGCCGAUAUGUCAAAAUAUCUACUGAAACAGAAGACACUGAAGGAUCCCUACAUUGCUGUAAGGACCAAAAUAUUAAUGGAAAUGGCCCAAAUGGCAUACAUGAAGAAGGCUCACCAAGUGAAAUGGAAACAGAUGAGCCAGAUGAUGAAUCAAGCCAAGAUCAAGAACUUCCCUCUGAGAAUGAAAAUAGUCAGUCUGAAGAUUCAGUUGGAGGAGAUAAUGAUUCUGAAAAUGGAUUAUGUACCGAAGAAACUUGCAAAGGUCAACUCACGGGACACAAAAAACGAUUGUUUACAUUCCAGUUUAACAACUUAGGCAAUACUGAUACCAACUACAUCAAAGACGAUACCAGGCAUAUAAGAUUUGAUGAUAGGCAGCUUAGGCUAGAUGAAAGAUCUUUUCUUGCUUUGGAUUGGGAUCCUGAUUUGAAAAAAAGAUAUUUUGAUGAAAAUGCUGCUGAGGAUUUUGAAAAACAUGAAAGUGUGGAAUAUAAACCGCCUAAAAAACCCUUUGUGAAAUUAAAAGAUUGUAUUGAGCUUUUUACAACAAAAGAAAAGCUAGGUGCUGAAGAUCCCUGGUAUUGCCCAAAUUGUAAAGAACAUCAGCAAGCCACAAAGAAAUUGGAUUUAUGGUCCCUACCUCCAGUACUUGUGGUACAUCUCAAGCGAUUUUCCUAUAGUCGAUACAUGAGAGACAAGUUGGAUACCUUAGUUGAUUUUCCUAUCAUUGACUUGGAUAUGUCGGAAUUCCUAAUUAAUCCAAAUGCAGGUCCUUGCCGGUAUAAUUUGAUUGCUGUUUCCAACCACUAUGGAGGGAUGGGAGGAGGACACUAUACUGCUUUUGCAAAAAAUAAAGAUGAUGGAAAAUGGUACUACUUUGAUGACAGUAGUGUCUCAACUGCAUCUGAAGAUCAGAUUGUGUCCAAAGCAGCAUAUGUACUCUUCUACCAGAGACAAGACACUUUCAGUGGAACUGGCUUUUUCCCUCUUGACCGAGAAACUAAAGGUGCUUCAGCUGCCGCAGGCAUCCCAUUAGAAAGUGAUGAAGAUAGCAAUGAUAAUGACAAUGAUAUAGAAAACGAAAAUUGUAUGCACACUAACUAAUGAAAGUCCUAGAAGCCAUAAAAGAGAGACUUUCCUGCUGGUGGUAUCGAUUGAAAUGAAGUUAUCCACCACAUUAAACAAACGUCUGAGAUGGGGAGUUUCAGAUAACUGAAUGUAAAUCCUUUAUCAGAUUUUAACUUGUGCAGUACUUGAAGUGAAACACAAUGAAAAACUUUAACAGAAAUUGUCUCUUAAUACAUUUACAGUCUUGUAUUUACAAGCUAAAUAUAUAUAGGAAAUCACAAAUAAAUCCCUUUUAAGUUUGCUGCUGUUUUGAUGAAUUAUGUUUUCUUUAAUUUUUUGGAUGUGAGUUAAUUGAUGACAAAUGUUAAAUUUGUGGAUGUUGGUCAUUUUUUGCUCUAAUAAUACUGCAAGAAAACUAUGGCUGAACUUAGUUUUUGAAUAAUCUAGUUCAUGUGCAUCAAGCAUUUAGCUGCAGUAUCAAUGUGACAUAAAUACUGCAGUAGUAUCCUUGGAAAACCAAAUUUUCAAACUAUCCCUGGUAAUCAGUGUGGGCCUAUUAAAAAACCAAAUCAAGAUAAAAGAAACAAUCUUGAAAAAGUUACUUCCUUUUGUAGUAUCAUUAAAAUCAUCUUAUCGCUACUGUGGAAACAGGUUCUAAAUUUCAUGCUCCAUCUGAAGUCAUUGUUCAGUUAAAUGUGUUUUUUACAGCUAUUGGGAUCUAUUCCUUAGACAUUCAAAUUCUUUUUUACUUUCUUCGUAUUAAAAUGCAUAUUUUUAAUCUGGUGUUGGUCCCAAAUUAAAAUUUUUGCUGUCUGUUUUUCUCUACCCCAUUUUUUGGUAAUUUGUCAACUUUUAGCUCUCCCAAUUGUAAUAUAAGAACAGACUUGAUAGUAUUCUGUAUCCAUAGUAAUAAUUACAUCAAGCUUAGGAUGAGAAAUUUUUUUCAUAUACUGGCCUUUAAAUCAUUAUUGGACAAUUGGCUUUAAAGGUAGGUCUGUUAACUUUCUUUGUGUGUUCCUGAUGGAAUUCACCAUAGCCUUACAGCUUUUCUCAGAAGGUAACUUGCUAUAAGAGAAUUGGCAUUUGCAUGUUCCAGAGUGAGAACCUGUACAGUAUAUAAAGCAUACAAACCUUGAAUUUGAUUUUAGUUCACCACAUUUAAGGAUCCAGGAUGCCAAAAAUAUGUGUGAACAUUUGAAACAUUUUUCAUUUGCUGCUUUCCCUUUGAUCUAGUUGAAAAGAAUGUAUUGUAAAUUGGCAUACAAUACUGCCUUUAAUAGAAAAUCUAAAUGCUGGGGCACAUUUCACAUAUCGACUACCUGAGAAAUUGCUUUGUGUCCUACUGUUAUUAAAGCAAAAAGUAUAAUGUUCUUCACUUGAACUAAUCAAAUACAAUAGAUUAUAAAUUGUGUAUUGUAAAUAAAAGUUCACUCUGUGAGUGCACAUUUUGGUAAAUUAUUUAUUUAUGUUAGCAUUUAAAAGUUUUAAGAAAUGCAUUUGACCAGGAUAAAUAAAUGAGGUAUGUUGAUCAUGGCUUUGCUUUAUACCUUGAUAUUAAAGCUGGUUUUACAUCCUGGUA